AUGGCAGAGAUGUAUAACUCCUCUCUAUGCUCCACAAGAGACAUUAAGAAGAGCACAUUUUACAUGCGUUUGGCCAGGGCGCUAGGACUCGAAAAAGACGAUGAUAAUGAGCGGAAAUGCAAGAGAUGGCUAAAAGGCUGGAGAAUUACAUUGUUUAUGGCUUCCUGCACAGGAAUACUUGUCCUCAGUUUUAAUCUCGGAUUCCUUCUUUGGGCUCUACCACGUCAUAACCUCAGAAAUGGACGAGGAGUUCUUUAUGACGGCGACUGUGAUCGAGUGCAUGGAUUGAGUAUUGGGCUUCAUUUGGUGAUUAAUAUAUUCAGCACCCUGUUACUGAGCUCCAGCAACUACACAAUGCAAUGUUUGAGUGCGCCAACCAGGGUCGAUAUUGAUCAGGCCCACAAGAAACUAAAGUGGCUUGAUGUUGGUAUAUCGAGUGUGAGGAAUUUUCGCCAAAUAUCCUGGAAUAGAUCGGCCCUAUGGGCAAUACUAGUGUUCUCGUCACUCCCCUUACAUUUGAUGUAUAACUCGACUGUAUUUGCUACUACAUCGUCCAAUUCCUCAUACGUAUUUUUGGGAGAUGAAUCUUAUGGACUUCUUGAUUUAGAAGACCUUAUGUUGAUACCUAGUUCUCUAUCACACACUAAAGAUUACUACGAGACCCAUAAGAAAGCAGUCGAUUCUUCAUUUAUCCAGCUUCAUGACAUGGCUCAGAAUAGGAAGUUGGAGAAAUUGGAUAACACUGCGUGCAUCAACGCUUACACGAAAACUUAUCAAAACUCCUACGUUAAUUUACUGCUGGUAACGGAGAUCCCGCAGAACAAAAGUCAAUACAUGUUUGUUGACUAUCAGGACGUAUACAAGCCUGUAAGGGGUUCCCCAUACAUAUGGAUUUGCUUGGAAACACUAGGAAAGGACGUCAUUGACUGCAAUUCUUAUGUUUCAACUACUACGUCUCAGGCUAUAUCGUCUAACUGGACAAUACUAUCUUAUCCGGUGAAAUACUGCCUAGCAGAGGUUGCACAACCUCAUUGCAAGCUUCAGUAUAGCCUUUCAUUGAUUGUAGUUGUUAUGAUAUUUAUUAUGGUCAAGGUGGCAACUAUCUGCUAUGUUGCCUUCACGAUAGAUACUCCUAUUUUGACCACUGGGGAUGCUAUCACUUCCUUCAUCAAGAAUCCGGAUAAGACGAUGCGAGGGAAAUGUUUACUUUCCAGGGGGGAUGUUGAUGAACUUUCAAGCGCAUACAACCCAUUCUGGGUUCAUCAGAGCCGCUGGCAGUUCGCUAGGAAACCCAAGCAAUGGUACUCAGCUGUUCCGGCUGGACGAUGGUGCUUCGGUGUGAUAUCAUACUGCAUUUCUAUCACUAUCUGCGCUGUACUUCUAGGAUAUGGCCUAAGCAAGAUGUCAGAUAGAAGCGGUAUUUGGACAAUUGGGUUGCAAGCACUUGAUUUUCGCACCUUGAUAAGCGCAGAUUUCUGGCCCACAUCCUUGAUAUCCAACGCCUUGAUAGCAAAUCUGCCGCAGCUCAUAUACUCGGUCAUAUAUUUUGCAUAUAAUGGCAUUCUAACGAAUAUGACUAUGUCCGCAGAAUGGAGCCAAUACGCCAUCCAACGAAAAGGGGUUCGCGUGUCAUUUGCACCUAGGAUGUCGCAACGGAGCAAAUAUUUUCUCUCACUACCUUGUCGCUAUGCUAUCCCACUCAUGGCUGCAUCAAGCAUAUUACAUUGGCUCAUUUCACAAAGCCUUUUCUUGGUAGGAGUGGAAGCGUAUGAUCAAAACUUUCAGCGUGAUCCUUCAUCAGAUGUCUAUGUAUGUGGUUACUCACCGGUUGCUAUUAUUUGUUGCAUCGCUGUUGGGACUGCAAUGAUUAGUUGCUUGAUCGGAUUGGGCUGUAAACGCUUCAAAUCUGGCAUUCCGGUUGCAGGUAGCUGCAGCCUGGCAAUAACAGCCGCAUGUUUGCCUGAUCCCAAGGUAUUUGAUAAUGAGGAAUGGGCCGGAUCACCCCCGGAUAUGGAAUGUUUACCGCUACAAUGGGGGGUUUUACCAUCAAAUGAGGAGUCUAUUGGUCAUUGUACAUUCUCAAGUGAUACAGUGAGCAUGCCAGUGGAUGGAGGGAUAUAUCAUUGA